AUGGUCGUGCUGGCGCUCGGGAUGUUUGAAAAUACAUCUAAGCUGGGCUCCACAGCACAGCACAGCACAGCAUACACGGUCACUUGGUACAUGUACCCGGUACGGAUACUGACGGGAUUGAGUGGCAUCCAAUCUUGCAAACGCUCCUCCCCCAAAUACACUACCUUAAAUACCGUCAAGUCACUGCAUCUCCUCCCACUACCCCUCCUCACCCUCACCCUCCUCACCCUUCUCGCCCUCCUCGCCCUUCUCACAUUAUAUUCAUCAGGGGUACCUCAGUCCCCAUCCGCCGUUUCUCUUGCUCCGUCCUGUCCAGCCUUUAUGCAAUCCCUCCGAUCCCUCUUCACACCCCGAAGACUCCAACGCCUCGCAUUCUUAUCACACAGGAGGGGCUUCGCAUAUAGCUCUCACGUCAUGGCGCCCGCAGAAUACAAACUCAAGUUGGUGUCGUCCCUCUCCUCCCUACAACCAGGAGAGAAGCAGGAGGUCGAGGUGGAAGGUAUUGAAGGAGGCAAGGUCCUCCUCGUCAAUGCCGGCGGAACCAUCCAAGCCCUCGGUUCCCGAUGCACUCACUACGGUGCGCCACUAGUUAAGGGUGUCUUGACCACCACGGGCAGGUUGACCUGCCCCUGGCACGGAGCCUGCUUCAAUGCCAAGACGGGUGACGUCGAGGACGCCCCGGCGCUGGAUGCGCUCCCCGUUUUCAAAGUCGCUGAACGAGACGGUGCCGUGUACGUGACGGGCGAGGAGUCCGCCAUCAAGAGCAGCCACCGCAAGCCCAACUUCAAGUGCCAACGCCCAACCUCAACCGGCGGCGGCGGUGACAAGGUCGUCAUCGUGGGAGGCGGUUCGGGCGCCCUCGGGGCCGUCGAGGGCCUCCGCAACGGCGGAUUCUCCGGUCCCAUCACCAUCAUCUCCCGCGAGGGCUAUCUCCCCAUCGACCGCCCCAAGCUCUCCAAAGCUCUCCUGACCGACCUCCAGAAGCUGCAGUGGAGGGACAGGGCCUGGUACGAGAGCGGGUCUGUCGACAUGGUCGACGGCGAGGUCACCGAUGUCGACUUUUCCGGGCGGGUCGUGACGACGCGGACCGGCGAGAAGUAUCCGUACGACAAGCUGAUCCUCGCCACCGGCGGGACGCCCCGCGUGUUGCCGCUGCAGGGCUUCAAGGUGCUGGGGAAUAUCUUCACCCUCCGCACCGUCCACGACGCCAAGAAGAUCGUCGAAGCCAUCGGCGAGAAGGGCAAGAAGAUUGUCAUCGUGGGCUCUUCGUUCAUCGGAUUGGAGCUCGCCAACGCCACGUCGAGCGACAACUCGGUCACCGUCGUCGGCAUGGAGAAGGCGCCCCUGGAACGCGUGCUGGGCGAGGAGGUGGGCAGGGGCUUGCAGAAGGGCCUGGAAGGGAAGGGCAUCACGUUCUACCUCUCCGCCGGCGUCGAGAAAGCCGAGCCCUCGACGUCGGACCCGUCCAAGGUCGGCGCCGUCGUCCUCCGGGACGGCACCACGCUCGAGGCCGACCUCGUCAUCCUGGGCGUCGGCGUCGCUCCCGCCACGCAGUUCCUGCAGAACAACAACGUCAUCCGGCUGGAGGAGGACGGCUCCGUCAGGACGGACGAGCACUUCCUCGCCACGGGCCUCAAGGACGUCUACGCGGUGGGCGAUAUCGCCACGUUCCCGUACCACGGCCCCGGCGGCGACGGCAAGCACACCCGCGUCGAGCACUGGAACGUGGCGCAGAACGCCGGCCGCAACGUGGCGGCCCACAUUAUCAACCCUUCCGUGAAGCCGGAGCGGUGGAUCCCCGUCUUCUGGUCGGCCCUGUCGGGGCAGCUGAGGUACUGCGGCAACACGGUCGGCGGCUGGGACGACGUCGUCAUCCAGGGGAACCCCCAGGAGGGAGCGUUCGUGGCGUACUACUGCAAGGGUGACAUGGUGAUUGCCAUGACUUCGAUGGGGCGGGAUCCCGCCAUGUCGCAAUCGGUCGAGUUGAUGCGCCUGGGCAAGAUGCCCGGAAAGGCCGAGUUGGAGAAGGGUCUAGAUAUAGGGUGCGUCGGGUGGGAUCUCGCGUCGGACAACAGACAACAGCUCAUGCAACACCCGCCUCCCGGGGUAUUGUCAGGGCAUGUCCACUUUGUGACUGGACUCUUCCGGCAGAUGCAACCAUCUCGUCCUCUAUCAGCCGGGAACGGCCAGUAA